AUGCAAUUGAUAUUCCUAUUCUUCUUGAUUGAAGUUUCUUUUAGUUGGCACCCCAUUUUAUCAUCAAGAAUAAUAGAAUCAAUUGAAAAUGAAAAUAUUAUAAUCGAAGAGGAUUAUUAAAUUAUUGCUGAGGGGAGCUUUUCUAUCUCUUAUAAAGGUUUGUAAAGUUAUAGAGAAUUAUACUUAAUGUUUGAUGCUAAAACUAAUAAGACUGAAAGUGAAAUAUUGAUAUUAGUUAAUGGAGUUAGAAGAAAUAUAAUUCAGGUACAAGGAGAGUUCAAAGAAUUUCAUAUGAGAUUUUAACAUUAAGCUUCGGAUGUAGUGAUCUAGAUGAGAAUAGAUGAUUAAACCAAAGUAGAAAUACGAAACUUUAAUAUGUUUGUUUAAGAAUGCCCGAAGGAUUGUAAAUAUUGCCUAUCAGGUUCAUGUGAUCUUUCGUUAUAUCAGGAUUGUGACUAAUUAAGAUAUAAGAACACUUGUGUUGAAGAAUGCCCAGAUGGGACUGUGGCUGAGUUCAACUAAUGUGUAUAAGUAGGUUUGAAAGAGAUUGAAUAAGUGAAAUCCUUUUUGCAAGAGGAACUUUCAACAAUCUAGAAAUUUGGAGAAUAGAAAUUGCUCAAAUUCAAUUUCGAAAAUGGUUUUAAUGGAUAAUUGGAAAUAGUGUUUAAUUGUUAUAGUAAGCAAAAGCAAAAUGCUGAUUAAUUAAUAAAGGUCGGUUUUAGGAAGGGUUAAACACAAGUUAUGUACCCUUUUUUAAAUUCUUAUACUAAUUUACAGUUUCACAAAGAGUGCAAACCUCAAUAUGAACUAGAGUGUGUGUAGGUGAAAGGCUUAUUUGAUGUAGAAUUUCUAAAAUAAGAUUAAAUUCUUAUUGAUAGUUAUUCAAAGAAACUGGAGUAAAUUGGCUAUUGGGAAGUAGAAAGCUUUAAGGUUUACAAUGAAAGCAAGAAGUUGUAUGAGUGUGACAUUGAGAAUUGCUCUUAAUGUUCUUACAACAAUGUGUGUUAACAAUGUCAAGAUCAUUUCCAUUUAUAUUAAGGCUAAUGCAUUAAGAAGUGUCCCUUCUAUACAAUACAAGAGAAAAAUAGAUGCAUCAAUCUUCAUGAGAGCCAACCAGAUCUUAAAUUUUUGGUUAAGUUAGAAUCGCCCUUCUAAGAUCUCUCUCAAAUUUUUGGUUAAAUUACCUUUGAUUUGAAAGAGCAAAUUAGUUUUAGAUAUGAGAAUCAAACUACUUUUAUUGGAGGAGGAUUAUUGGACAGAUGGCGACGCACUACAUUUUCAAAAUAACUAAAUUUGGGAAGACAUUAUGCAAUUAGAAUCAUGUUUAAUAUAUCCUUAGAAAAUUCAACUUAAGAUUAGGAUAGUUUUAUUUAUUCAAUCGAUGGAAAAACCUUCAAGGUUUUGAAUAAUCAAACAUAUGUUGAUCAAACACUCAACCAUAAUAAAAACAUUCUAAAUCUAAAUUUAGGAUGUAAAAUCUCGAGUAAUGGUAGAUGUGUAGUUUCUAAUUACUAUUUUAUGACUAUGAAAUGUUCUCCACUUUGUUAAAGUUGUACAGGUCCAUCGUAAUCUGAUUGCAAAAUUUUUGAGGCCAAUAUUGAUAAAUUUGAUUACAAGAAUUUUAAGUGUUAGGAUGGUUAUUACUUAAGUGAAUACGGUUGCAAACUCUGUUCAUAAGGAUGUCAACUAUGCGAGUCUUAAAAUAGAUGUCUCAAAUGCCAAGACACAAAAGAGGCAGAGUUUAUUUGUAAGCCCUACCUUUGA